GUAGCUCCGUGUAACUUGUCACGGCAGUGUGGCUAGAGGCGGACAAUCUCAGCCGCGCUCAGUCUGAACGGAGCCCGCGCGGAGGAAGCGUCAGACGGCGUGGAUUGACGUCUCCCCCCGCCGCCCAUGGAUCCUCCACCGGCUGGCCCCGAGCCCUCCGCUGGAUAAGAAAGACGUUGGAACGGAGACUUUGUUGUUGUUUUUCAAACCGGCGUGUGUCAUGGGAAUACCGUUGGCCCGGUGCGGUCGACCCGGUGGAUCCGAGCAGGCUUGAUGGACAGCAUGUCACCGCAGCAGGGCGCCAUGGGCCGGAACGGCUCCGAGUCCGUAGCCGGGACCGACAAGACGCCCCCGGACAGUAAGAAGAAGAUGAAGACUUUGGCCCAGAGAAGACAGUCUGCCCCGUCCCUGGUCAUCAGCAAGGCGCUGACCCGGUCUCGAAGCACGUCCAGGGAGACCUGCCUGACGCCGGUCAGUCCAGAAUCAUGCGCCCUGGUCCAGACCUUCCUGUCCGACUGUCCCGGCCAAGUCUUCCUGGGUCACAUCCAAACCCAGCUGAAGACCGGCCUCCAGACUCAGGACAGGCACCUCUUCCUCUUCAGCGACACCCUGCUCGUCACCAAGGCCAAGUCUCCCUCCCACUACAAGGUGAAGGCCCGAGUGCGGGUGUGUGAGAUGUGGACGUCCAGCUGCACGGAGGAGGUGUGCGAGGGCAGCACCAGCCCGGAGAGGAGCUUCGUCAUGGGCUGGCCCACGUGCAACCACGUGGCCACCUUCAGCGCCGAGGAGCACAAGGACAAGUGGCUGGAGCUCAUCAACAGUCGGAUCCACGAGGGAAAGGAGAACGACGACCCCAAGACGGUCCCGCUGAAGAUAUUUGCUAAGGACAUGGGAAACUGCGCUUACGCCAAGACGCUUGCCGUCAGCAACACGGAGAGCGCCACCGACGUCAUCCGCAUGGCUCUGCUGCAGUUUGGAAUAUCGGGUUGCGUGAAGGAGCACCGGCUGUGGGUGAGCUCCAGCAAGGACGAGCCCCCGUACCCGCUCAUCGGCCACGAGUUCCCGUUCAGCAUCAAGAUGAGCCACAUUCGAGAUGGUGGGGGCGGCGGAGGAGGAGCGGGGAGGGAUCCAAUGAGUCCCACCGAUUGUCCUGAGGUCCUGCUGCUGGAUCGGUGCCUCCCCCCGGACACCCAGUGCCAGUUCAUCCUCAGACCCAGCACGGUUAGCCAAAGCCCGGCUGCGCUGCUCGACGGCGCUCAGCCCAAGUCCUUCAAGAGGAAAAGGUCUCUGAUCAACUGGCCCUUCUGGAGAGGCUCCAGCAGCCAGCUGGACGGCCUCCCCCCCACCCCCGCCUCGCUCUCCCCCACCCCGGGUCGCCUCUUCGGGCGAGAACUGGGCUCCGUCUGCUCGGCGGACGGCGGCCUGCCCAAGCCUGUCAUGGACAUGCUGGUGUUCCUCUACGUGGAGGGGCCGUACACCAGGGGGGUCUUCAGGCGCUCGGCGGGGGCCAAGGCCUGCCGGGAGCUGCGGGACAGGCUGGACGCGGAGGAGGACGACCCCGAGAUGGCACGCCAGUCUGUGUUUGUGGUGGCGGCGCUCCUCAAGGACUUCCUGCGGAGCAUCCCCGGCAGCCUGCUGUGUGGGGACCUCUACGACCAGUGGACGGCCGUGACGGAGAAGGAGGGGGGCGGCGACACCAUCGGCCAAGUCCGCAGGUUGCUCCGCCUCCUCCCCGCCGAGAACCUGCUGCUGCUGCGCCACGUCGUGGCCGUGCUGCACCGUAUCCAGGGCAACGCCCACGACAACCAGAUGAACGCAUUCAACCUGUCCGUCUGCAUCGCUCCCAGCAUGCUCUGGGCCCCGACCCCCGGCAGCCCCGAGGUGGAGGGGGAGGGGACCAAGAAGGUGUGCCAGCUGGUCCGCUUCCUCAUUGAGAACUGCGUGGCCGUCCUGGGCGACGACGUCACCUCGCUGUUUGCGGCGUUCGGCCAGAAGGGCGGCAGCAGCGAGCACGGCUCCGACGUGUCGUCCUUCCAGAUGAACGACUCCUCCUACGACAGCCUGGAGAACGAGCUGAACGACGAGCCCGAGUCGCCCUGCCAGGAGCAGCUGCCCCUCCGCGACAAGCCCGACAGCCGCAGCCGCGACUCCGUCAUCACGCUGAGCGACUGCGACCCCGACCCCGAAGCCGAGGGCGACCUCCUGCUGCAGCUCCCCCCGCCGGCCAGGCCGCGCCGCUUCAGCCCCUUCGUCCGCCAGCCUCGCGCCCGCCACGCCCACGGGGUGCCGUCGCAGGGCGCGGGGAGGAGGCUGCGGAGGAGUUCGGAGCCCGCCUUGGCGGCCUCGUGCGCCAUGAUGGUCUGUGCAGAGGAGGGCCAUGCGCCGCUACGCAAGGCCAGCUACGACGCUGCCAUGGAGGGCGAAGGGGAGGAAGAGGAGGAGGAGGAGGAGGAGGAGGUGGUGUUCCUGGAGAAAGGUCUGAACGGACUUGACUUGAACCAAAGUGCCAAGGGAGGAGCUCCAGUUCAGAAUCAGAAUGGUGGACGGAGGAAAAGCAAACACGCCCCCCCGCCCCCGUUGCGACUCGACGCGAGCUGCUCGAGUCUGUCCUCUCCGGCCACCUCCCCCACAGGCUCCUCCCUCAGCUCUCUAGACUCCGCCUUCUCACAGUAUUCCACCGAUUACGGCGUCAUGCCGCCGGGGGACCCCACCCAGAGGUCGCCGAGGUGCUCCCCCCCGCAGAGGGAAGCUCCGCCCGGACAGCCUCCUCGCUCCUCCCACGGCGCCCACCCCAACACGUGGCUCAGGAAGGACCGCCGCUUGUCUUUGAAGCAGCCUGUCAACGGACACGCCAAGGAGGACGACGCCGUCUCCACGGCGACCAACCAAGGCUGCCAGCGGCGCUCCAGCAGCCCUCCGUCGUACCAGCAGGCGCUGCUGCAGCUGCAGCGCGGCUCGCCGUUUUACAGGGGGGCGGAGAAAACACUGACGGUCCGAGAGCUCAGGAUCCUUCACGACCAGGCCGCGCCGCACACGGGAAGCGAGGCCGCCCAGCCCCCGAGGGGCGUCUUCUAUGGACAAAGCGCCACCACUCUGGUCCUCAAACGCCAGAAGUCCCACUCUCUGACUCCGCCCACAGAGGGACGCACUCAGAGCAAGACGCUUCCCCGCCGCGCAUCCGAGCCCGCCAAAAUGGGCGCCUGCCACGCCUCCAAGCCGGCCGCCACCCUCGACAGACCACGGCCCUGCAAAGCUCCGCCCCAAGAUGGCAGGCCGAGAGCGUCAGACGCGGAGCCUCAGCACCGCCAGUCGCGUUUCUCCCUGUCGCCUUCCGCCAACCGCGCCGUACGGGACUACUUUUCCUCGCAGGGGCCGGCGGACGCGUCGGGCUGCGUGCGGCACAGCCAGGAAGUGGCGCUAGCCAUCCAGCAGGCGAAGGAGGAGUGGCAGAGCCGGCAGUGUAGCGAGCCACGAUUGGACGAUUUCGACCAGCUCUUCUUCGCAGAGGAGUCGUACGUCUGACUGUGUACAUAUGAUCUUUGUCUUCUUGCUGCCUGGGGGGGGGGUUCUUAAAGGUACGGAUGCACUUCCUGCUUCCCGGCUGCCAUUUGCAAUCGCAGCUCUCCAAAAUGAAGAGUGUGAGAGUGUCGGUCUUUUCUGCGAGAUGACAUGUGAGGAAGCAUCUGAUCCCAAAACAUUCCAAGCGGCCGUUGCCAAGAGGAAAACCUCGGAGUCCUUCAUCGGACUUUCGGCACAUCAACACUUCCUUUUUAGGAUGCUUUUAUUUUGGAAUAGAGAACUUUAUUUGUUGUUGGCUGGCUUUAUAACACCAGGCAGGGAUGUAUUUAUUAUCCAUGACACAAGAAAACACUUUAUAAUGAAUUCUAUCAAAGUAAUAUUCUAUAUUCUAUCAAGUUCUUCAUAUUUAUGAUACAGAAAUAUAUAAAUAGUAUGAUCUUGUUACGCCGUGUAAGAAAAACAAUUUGUAUUUUUGUACAUGCCAUUUCAUGCUGCUGUCGCCAUAGAAACUAUAUUUGCUAUGUGCGUGUAUAUACGUGUGUAUGUACAUAUACUUCGUAUACAGAGUGUAUAUAUAUAUAUAUAUACACAUACACUGUGUACAUCUACAUGUGCCGUCUACAACAGAGCAUCUGGCUUUUCAAU